UAAGCGUUUCGAAUUUCAGGAUUUCCAAUAGUCACUCUUUCCUUUUUCUUCAUUUCUUCAUCGAUCUUUAUUCGCUCGUCGAAACAGAAACACUGAUUCGUGAUUCACUGUGUAUGACGAGCGUUUCAGAGCUAUUCCACACCAGAAGUCAUCGAUUGGGACGAAAUGCUAUCGAUCUAGGGUUCGACACAAAACUCCAAGCCGCCGAUUCUUUCCGCCGUCGCCACCACGAGAAUGCAUCUAAUAGAGUCGGUGGGAGGUAUCGACGGUCUUUCGCAAAUGAUAGGGUUAUUUCUGAAGAAAAUUUAAGAGGCAGUCUUGGAGCGAGUACCGGUGAGAGGCUACCCGUGGGUUUUGUUCUUGCUUUAAAAGGGGAACCUCAGUCUAGAAACAGCAUCGCAGAAUCACUCAUAGCAAAGCUUGCUUCUUGGACAUACGAUGAAACUUCACACGUGCUGAGGUUAUACCACCAUCUGCAAGAGGUUUCACAAACUCUCUUAUUAGUCAAGGCUGUGCUGUUAGAUGCCGAGGAGAAGCAGCAGGAGAAUUAUGAGCUACGGGAAUGGCUGAGGCAGAUCAAACAUGUCUUCUUUGAUGCCGAAAAUAUGUUGGAUGAAUUUGAGUGCGAAACAUUGCGAAAACAAAUUGUCCAAGCUCAUGGAAGCACCUGGUAGCACAUUUCUUCUCAAGUUAUAAUCCUCUUGUUUUUCAUUAUAGAAUGACUCAACAGAUCAAAACAAUCAAGAAGAGAUUGGACAAGGUUGCAGCAGACAGACAUAAGUUUGGUCUUGAAAGAAUUGAUGUUGAUAGACGUUUUGUACAUAGGAGGGACAUGACAUGACAUACUCCUACGUUAUCGAUUCGGAUAUUAGACAACAUGACAUGAUCCUUCAUAGUUGAAACGUAAGAAGAAGGAAACAACAGGGUGCUGG